AUGACUGGAGGCAAGUCUGGAGGCAAGGCCAGCGGCAGCAAGAACGCGCAGUCCCGUUCGUCCAAGGCCGGUCUGGCGUUCCCCGUCGGUCGUGUCCACCGUCUGCUCCGUAAGGGCAACUACGCCCAGCGUGUUGGUGCCGGUGCCCCCGUCUACCUCGCUGCUGUCCUCGAGUACCUUGCUGCUGAAAUUCUCGAACUGGCUGGCAACGCCGCUCGUGACAACAAGAAGACUCGUAUCAUUCCCCGUCAUCUUCAGCUCGCCAUCCGCAACGAUGAGGAACUGAACAAGCUCCUCGGACACGUCACUAUCGCACAGGGUGGUGUUCUGCCCAACAUUCACCAGAACCUUCUCCCCAAGAAGACUCCGAAGGCCAAGGGCAGCCAGGAGCUCUAA